UUUGACUAAUGAAACAAAUGAAUCCCACAGGCAUCCAUUUCUGCUCCUUUUUCUCCCAUGGCCAUCACACAACCAGACUGGUCUACUCUCCCCGACCUCCUCCUCAACGCCAUCGCAAAACGUCUCCCCACACGCAUUGAUGUCCUCUCUUUCCGCGCUGUCUGCAGCUCAUUUCGACACUCAGUGCCUCCUCCUCCACAGCCCCUCUCACCCCGCUCCGAUCUUAAUAUCUCCUUUCCUCAAACCCUCACACCUUACCACUACGGAGACCUCUCCCUCGCCCACUCCACCAUUUACGCCUUCCAACCCCUCCACUCCACUCAGCAUAUGGCCGAAACCUGGCUCCUCAAAGUCGAAGAAUUGCCCUCCGGCAAAGUCCGAGUCGGGGAUCCUGUCUUUAAACUUUGUUCCGAAAAGUUCUCCCAGUUGUUACCCAAAUCUUUAAACUUGCUGGAUUACCGAGUAAAGGAGAUACUCAAAGUUUAUAGGCUUCAACUACAGUCCAACAAAUUCGACCCUUCCUGUUUCAGAAAAGUAGUGAUUUCUAAUGAGGAUGAGCUUGAGCUUGAAGUUAUGGCAUUAAUCACAGGAGGCAAAGUGGGAUUAUGGAGAAGUGACAACAAAACAUGGACGAACAUUGCUGUUGGUGGUACUGGAUUAUAUUUUGAAGAUGUUAUUUAUCACAAGAAGAAAUUCUUUGCCACGAGUUCGGACGGGCGUACAAUAACUGUGGAUCCUAAAUCUUUAAACUUCGCCGAAAUUGCACCUCCGGUGACAAAAUCAAAUGAAGGAUUAAUCUCCCUGGUAAAAUCGUUAGACGAUUUGUAUUUGAUCAACAAAUAUUGGUUAGAGAAGUAUAACAAAUUUGGUUUGGGUUUCGAAGGCGAGUAUGGCACUGUUCGUGUGGAUGUUUUCAAGCUUGACGAAGUGAGGCGCGAGUGGAUUAAGGUGAACCAUGGAAUUUUGGAGAAUAAAGCGGUGUUUCUGGGUGAAGAUUAUUCGUUCUUUGUUUCGCCUGAAGACUUCCCCAGAGUGAAAAAGAAUUGUAUUUAUUUAUACGAUAAAGAUUUCUCUAGGUUGGAUUUUGAUUAUCCGGCAGUCUGUGUUGUGAACUUUUACAAGGAGGAUGAGGAUGCCGGAUGGAACUAUGAAAUGUCAAGUUAUUCAAAGAUUUUCUGGCCUCCUCCCACUUGGUUGAAGGUGAAUUGAUGAAUCUCGAAUGUCAUUUGAUGCUUGUAAAUUUAAUUAUCACCUUGUGUUUUAUAUAUAAUGACUUAAGUAGUUAUGUUCAGUUUUUUUUCA